AUGAAAAUGGAGGGGAGCGAAGGUAGUGAGAACGAACCAGUGGAGUUUGUUGAAAAGAACUUGGAAGAGAACUCGAGAGACCAGAAAAAAAAAAAUGCUCAAGAAGGAUGUGAUCUUUUUGACUUAUUCAUGAAAGAAGUGGAUGAGCCCAGUUCCAAAGGUACACAUCACGGCAAAAACGUAACUAAAAAUAAUAAGUCAAAAAGAGCCAAAAUAUCAAAGUUGUUGAUUGAGGGAAAAAUUGAUGAAGCAAUUAGUAGCUCAUACGGAAAUGAUGAGUUUAUUACAGGGACAUCGGACGAAGAAAUAUUGCGUCUAACUUCGCGUAUAUUUACAAAUUCAUACGAAGUUUUGGGGAUUCCUGUUGAUUCUGAUGAUGCUGUGAUUGGUAAGAGGUAUAGAAAGCUUUCCUUAUUGAUACAUCCUGACAAAACAAAUCACGAAAAGGCUAGAGAAGCCUUUGAUAUACUUAAUAAGGCAUAUGAGGAUCUUCAGAAGGCUGAGAAUCGUGUCAAAUACAAGGAGGUUUGGAAACGUGCUGAAGAAUUAGUUAAGAAAGAAAACAAGAAAAAUAAGGCUUUGAAAAAGAUUAAACAGGACCAGGAGGUAUUUAAAAAAGAGUUUAACAAACAGGUUAUAGAAAUGAGUGAAAAACUUCUAAAUGAUAUAAAGGAACGAAAGGAAUACAGUGAAAAGUGUCUUUUGGCAAAUCAUAGAUUCGAGCAAGAACUAUAUAGACAAAAGUUACAAGAGGAAAAAGAAAAGUGUAUUCAAAGACAAAAAUGGAACGAGAAAUUUGAGGAGAGAGCUCAGGGAUGGAGAUCAUAUAAACAAAAUAAUUCUAGAAUAUUUAAUAACAAAUCUAGCUUUGAUAAUGAUUAG